AUGUCUGACGCUGUCGUUGAAGUCUCCGCUGUCUUUGACACCAUCUUGGUGCUUGAUUUCGGUUCCCAAUACUCCCACUUGAUCACUCGUCGUUUGAGAGAGUUUAAUGUCUACGCUGAAAUGUUGCCAUGUACUCAAAAGAUCUCUGAGUUGUCUUGGAAGCCUGCUGGUAUCAUUUUGUCUGGUGGUCCAUACUCAGUUUACCUUGAAGGAUCCCCACACGUUGAUCACGAUAUCUUUAAGUUGAACGUUCCAAUCUUGGGUAUCUGUUACGGUAUGCAAGAAUUGGCUUGGAUCAACGGUAAGGGUGUUGCUCGUGGUGAAAAGAGAGAAUAUGGACCUGCUACCUUGAACGUUGAAGACGCCUCUUGUCCAUUGUUCAAGGAUGUUGAUCACUCCAAGGUUUGGAUGUCCCACGGUGAUAAAUUACACGCUUUGCCAACUGGUUUCAAGAUUGUCGCUACCUCCGAGAACUCUCCAUUCGCCGCAAUUGCCCACGAAACUGAUUCCAUCUUUGGUAUCCAAUUUCACCCAGAAGUCACACACACCGAAAAGGGUAAGCAAUUGUUAAGAAACUUUGCCAUUGAUAUCUGUAAGGCUCAAAACAACUGGACCAUGGAAAACUUCAUUGAUACUGAAAUUGCCAGAAUUCAGAAGUUGGUUGGUCCUACUGCUGAAGUUAUCGGAGCUGUAUCUGGUGGUGUUGACUCCACUGUAGGUGCCAAGAUUAUGCAUGAAGCUAUCGGUGACAGAUUCCACGCCAUCUACGUUGACAACGGUGUCAUGAGAUUGAACGAAACUGAACAAGUUUACAAGACUCUUACUGAAGGUUUAGGUAUUAACUUGACCGUCGUGGACGCCUCAGACUUGUUCUUGGGUAGAUUAAAGGGUGUCACUGACCCAGAGAAGAAGAGAAAGAUCAUUGGUAACACUUUUAUCAACGUCUUUGAAGAAGAAGCUGCUAAGAUCAAGCCAGCUUCUGGUCAAGAAAUCGAAUUCUUGUUGCAAGGUACAUUAUACCCAGAUGUUAUUGAAUCUAUAUCUUUCAAGGGUCCAUCCCAAACCAUUAAGACCCAUCACAACGUUGGUGGAUUGUUGGACAACAUGAAGUUGAAGUUGAUUGAACCAUUGAGAGAAUUAUUCAAGGACGAAGUUCGUCACUUGGGUGAGUUAAUGGGUGUUCCUCAUGAUUUGGUCUGGAGACAUCCAUUCCCAGGUCCAGGUUUGGCCAUUAGAGUCUUGGGUGAAGUUACUCCAGCUCAAGUUAAGAUUGCUCGUGAAGCUGAUGCCAUUUUCAUUGCUGAAAUCAAGGCUGCUGGUUUAUACAAGCAGAUCUCUCAAGCCUUUGCUGCCUUAUUACCAGUUAGAUCUGUUGGUGUUAUGGGUGAUCAAAGAACUUACGAGCAAGUUAUUGCAUUAAGAGCCAUCACCACUGUCGAUUUCAUGACUGCUGAUUGGUUCGAGUUUGAUUACUCAUUCUUGAAGAGAGUUGCUUCGAGAAUCGUCAACGAAGUUGAUGGUGUUGCUCGUGUUACCUACGAUAUCACUUCCAAGCCUCCAGCUACUGUCGAAUGGGAAUAG